GUUCCGAGGAAGGGCCAAAAUAUAAAAAAUUCGGUAUUUACCUCCCUCUAGUUCGCCAUCUCGACCCUACAAAGAGGAGGAAGCCAUGUCCCCCAACCUGCAUAGCGCCAUCAAGAGUCAGGUGUCGGCGCUGCUCCUGAGGUGCCUCUUUAGGGUGUCCGGGCCGGGCAAGGCCAAGAAGUUCCAGCAGAUCCUGGUGCUGAUGGGGAGGCGGUGGGUGUUCAUGCAGACGGAGGCGAGCCGCGUUCUCGGCAUGGACCUGGACCGCGGGGACAACACGCACACCUUCAUACGCUCGGACUCGCCGCCACUGCUCACCCGGAACAGCAUCAACCAGAGUCCGAAGUUGCUCCACCCCGUGCCUCAGCCCUGUCUCCAAGGACUUCGAGCACAAGGACUGCAGCGGCCUGGUAGAGAUGCUCUGCUGCUCCAUCAGUUGUGCCUAGAAAAAGAGGCACCACCAACUAGAAAUUGUUCUAUGUGGAAGCAGCAAGUUGUUGUCUCAUGGCCACAUGCCCACAUGGUCACUGCUGUUGGUGGCCACAACGGUUAUCCAGGGGGCAAGGUGUUCGUUUCUGCGGAACAGUUAGGUCAUGGAGAUUACUCUGCCUCACGCACAAAAGUAUUUCGCAUGGUGAAUACUCUUGGAGUCAACAAUGAAGCCAAGCAAACAAUACAAGUACUGCAAGCUGAACUAAAUGAAACAAAAGAGAGGCUGCACACAGUUGAAGAACUGAAAGGACAAACUGCACAUUAUUUGUAUUGUUCAUGACCCUAUGGAUUUCUGUUUUAAUUUAUUUCCAUAUGUAGAAAGUUGUUUACUACUUCUGUUUACUGUAAUCUACAAUGUAUUUGCGUCGCUAUGGUAAUUCCUUGUAGUUAUAAUCGUGCUUUGAUCAUGAUACAUUAGGUUCAGAAGAUAUGUUGUUUCGAGUUUGGUCAUAUUUAUCUGAUUUUUUGUAUUUAUAUGUUAUAUAAAAUAUGUAGCGAACAACAA